ACGCGUUACGAGUGAACAGCUCCCUUGUCGGUCGUUUGUUUUUUGUGAAAAUAUCGCUCGGUGUGGAGAAUGUGUUCUGCCUGUGUCGGGCGCGCUCACACACGCGCGCACGCAUACAUGCACAGCGCAGCCAGCGCGCGAAAGACCUGAAGCGCAUCCGCCGAAGCAGCAGCAUCGGACUCGCACGGAUAUCCUCACUCGGAUUGCUUUUACAUACCAGGGCUCGCCCUCCGCAACCUCACCUAUGCGCUUUCCACAUCGGGAUCCAACUCCUCAACUGCUUGGAAUAUAUUCUGCUGUUAAAUUUACAUUCGCUAUAGCGGUUGACUCAAAUCAGAGCGCGCGCACCUCUGCGUAACGCACAGGCGGUUGAUUGUGAUGUGCGCAUUUUGGUGCUCUAUUGGAGGUGAAAGGAAGGAUUGGGUAGGAUAGGAUUUGUUAAGGACCUGUGCUGAACACUAACAGGGGAAGCAGCUCGGUUUAUAACCCCUGCGACAGGACACCCUCUGGUUUUACGCAUCAUUUCUACUCUCGAGAUCGAGUGCGCGUGAGCCUGUAUACUAUUGCAUAUCAUGUCUUUUCUCGUUGACUGAUCGCAGCAUCCAAGAGGAACCUAAAGACUGCGAUGCCAGGACAGUGAGAAGGUGGAUCUCAGUUGUUCGGUAGCAUGGCUCCGUCCCGGAGGGACUGCAGAUGUGAAAUGAUCUUUCUGUCGGGAUGCCUACUCCUGUCCGUCUGGGGAUUUCAACCUGCAUUGGCGAAGGUUUGCAACGAUUACACAAGGCACGGCCUGGACAACAACUGGUACAUGAGGGAUGGUGAGAAGUUGCCAAUCAUGGUCCUGAUGCCGAUGAAUGAAUCAGCGCUGAUGAGCAGCAUCAGUCAAGGCAUCGAGCCGGCCGUUCAACUGGCCAUCCAGCACAUCCGCGAGUCCAGGCAGUACUCCUUCUCACUCAUCACCAAAAUCUACGACACCGAGUGCGACAAUGCAAAGGGAUUGCGGGCCUUCUUUGAUGCAAUCUGCUACGGUCCGAAACAUUUGAUGAUCUUUGGAGGCGUGUGUCCAUCAGUGACUUCAAUCAUUGCUGAAUCGUUGGAGGGGUGGAACCUCGUGCAGCUUUCUUUUGCAGCCACAACUCCCGUCCUGGCAGACAGGAAAAAGUAUCCAAAUUUCUUCAGGACAGUCCCGUCAGACAAUGCUGUGAACCCCGCUGUGGUGAAGUUUCUCAACUUUUACAACUGGAGCAGAGUGGGAACCUUGACCCAGGAUGUCCAGCGCUUUUCUGAGGUGCGGAAUGAUUUGACCAAUGAACUGGAGAAGGCAGACAUCCAGAUUGCAGACACUGAGAGUUUCUCUAAUGAUCCCUGUGUGAAUGUGAAGAAACUGAAGGAUAAUGAUGUUCGGAUCAUCAUUGGUCAGUUCGAUGAGAAUCUGGCCGCUAAGGUCUUCUGCUGUGCUUAUAACCUUAACAUGUAUGGCAGUAAGUACCAGUGGAUCAUCCCAGGAUGGUAUCAGGGGAACUGGUGGGAACAGGCAAACUCCACAAACUGCACCACUAAGAAGCUGCUGACAGCCAUGGAGGGUUAUAUCAGCGUGGACUUCGAGCCCCUCAGUGCCAAACAGAUAAAGGGAAUAUCAGGAAGAACGCCGCAGGAGUACGCGAGGGAGUACAACCGGGAGCGAGAGCAGAAAGGAGUGGAGCCCAGCAAGUUUCACGGCUUUGCCUAUGAUGGCAUCUGGGUGAUAGCGAAGACCCUCACCCGUGUCAUGGAGCUCCUCAGACACAAGGAGAGGCACGACAUGUACCACAACUUCACGGUGGAUGACCGAGAGGUGGGCAAGAUGGUCCUGGACGUGAUGAACGAAACCAACUUCUUUGGAGUGACGGGUCAGGUGAUGUUCAGGAACGGGGAACGCAUGGGAACCAUAAAAUUCACCCAGUUUCAAGAGGGUCAAGAGGUGAAGGUGGGCGAGUACAACGCCAUUGCAGAUGUACUGGACCUUAUCAACAACACCAUCAGGUUCCAAGGUGUUGAACCGCCGAAGGAUCGGACGUUUGUGCGUCUGCAGCGCCGGCAAAUAAACGUCCCCCUCUACAGCAUCCUGUCCACCAUCACUAUCGUGGGCAUGCUCAUGGCAGGAGCCUUCCUCUUCUUUAACAUCAAAAACCGCAACCACAGGCUGAUUAAAAUGUCGAGUCCCUAUAUGAACAACCUGAUCAUUCUGGGUGGCCUGCUAUCGUACGCCUCCAUUUUCCUCUUUGGUCUGGAUGGAUCUUUUGUGUCAGACAAGGAGUUUGAGACCCUCUGUACUGUCCGUACAUGGAUCCUCAUUGUGGGUUACACAACAGCGUUUGGCGCCAUGUUUGCGAAGACCUGGAGAGUGCACGCCAUCUUCAAGAAUGUAAAGAUGAAGAAGAAGAUUAUCAAGGACCAGAAGCUCUUUAUCAUCGUGGGUGGGAUGUUGCUGAUUGAUUUGUGCAUCCUCAUAUGCUGGCAGAUCGUGGAUCCCCUGAAGAGAACUGUGGAAGAGUACAGCUUGGAGGCAGAUCCUCAGGGACGAGACAUCGCAAUCCGGCCCUUCCUGGAGCAUUGUGAGAACACGCACAUGACCAUUUGGCUGGGGAUUGUCUAUGCCUACAAAGGCCUCCUUAUGUUGUUUGGGUGUUUUUUGGCCUGGGAGACCAGAAAUGUGAGCAUUCCAGCCCUGAACGACAGCAAGUACAUCGGUAUGAGUGUGUAUAAUGUGGGCAUCAUGUGUAUCAUUGGGGCAGCAGUGUCCUUCCUGACCCGAGAUCAGCCUAAUGUGCAGUUCUGCAUCGUGGCACUGGUCAUCAUCUUCUGCAGCACCAUCACGCUGUGUCUGGUUUUUGUGCCAAAGUUUGUAACAAUGCGAACAAACCCGGAUGCUGCCACACAGAACCGGAGGUUAAAGUUCACCCAGAACCAGAAGAAGGAAGAUUCCAAGACUUCCACCUCAGUAACCAGUGUUAACCAGGCCAACACUUCCCGUCUGGAUGGACUACAGACGGACAACCACCGCCUCCGAAUGAGAAUUACAGAGCUGGAUAAGGAACUGGAAGAGGUUACCAUGCAACUCCAGGACACUCCAGAAAAGACUCCAUACAUUAAACAAAACCACUACCAAGAUGUCAACAAUAUCCUGAGCAUACGCAACUUCACUGAUGGAAAAGAUGGAGAGAAAUCUCUGAAGAACCACUUAGAGCAGAAGCCUCAGGCUCAGUGGGGAUCCAUGGAUCCUUCUAGGAUAAGCAGAGGUCCACUAGAAGACAUCAACUCACCAGAACACAUACAGCGCAGGCUGUCCCUGCAGCUGCCGAUCCUGCAUCACGCAUAUCUACCCUCCAUAGGAGGGGUGGACGCGAGCUGCAGCAGUCCCACGAGCAGCCCGGCCUCCAGCCCCCGUCACAGACACAUGCCCCCCUCCUACAGGGUUAUGGUGUCCGGCCUGUGAGCCUUACCACUGCCCUGCACUGCACUCCCAGGAAGCGAUCAGCUUUUUUU